AUGGAUGCAUUUAUUGAGAAAAAUAAUGUAGGAUUUCAAAAGGAUCUAGGUAUUUUGAAAAGAUCGUGUGAGGAACGUUUUCUCGGGGCAACCAUAAAUCGUGAAGUUGUGUCCUUAGGGGCUCUUCGGGACCGCAUAACGGGCCGUUAUGAGAAGGAAUUCGAAGCGAAAACAAGCACAGGAUUCGAGAAGCAAAGUGAGUGA